ACGGGCAUGAGCGUCCGGGACUAUCUCGAGCAUUACGACGCGACGUGGGCCGAACUUAUGCAGAAUCAAGAUGAAUUUUCACUACAAGAAUACGGGGAGCGGAGCGUACUCACGACCUGGAAGGUGUCGUAUGAACAAGUGAAAAGCACAGAUCCACUAGCAGCCCAGCUGCUUGAUCUGUGGGCAUUCCUCCAUCAUGGCGAUGUGUGGGCGGAGCUGGUACUGGCUGAG